AUGCAUACUCUGAUUCCAAAACGGAUAUCCUGCUGACAAUUUGUGACAGAACCGAUUCCGAAUGUAACCACCAUGGCAAAUUACGAAUCAGAAGGUACAAACCGAAGCUUCAAAGAUCCCACACAAACAGACGACAUAUACCCUCCGCCCCCGGGAUUCGAUAGCCCUCCUAAUAAACCUGAACGGUAUCGGCCAUAUGGCGGGAACAACAAUGGUGAGAGAUCCGCCCAAAGACCUAACAAUGACAAUAACCGUAUUGCCAUGAACGAUGAGUAUAAGAGAAGAGCGAGCGUCACGAAAAGAAUAUGGAGUAUCCUCAAGGGAACUUUCCUGUGCGCGUGUCCGUUGUUCAUCAUCGGCCUCGUCCUUGUAGUUCUCGGUGUAGUCGACGUACCAGCCGGCAAUGACCUCAUCAAACCAGGAGCACCCAUACUCAUCAUCGCCAUGGUCUUUCUCAUCGUCACAAUCAUCCUCCUCGUCGUUUACAAGGUCAGGGGUAUGAACGCGUACGACAUCGGUCAGAACGGAAUGACGGGAAUUGCCAACAACGGUGUCAAUGUUACAACGCAGAGAUCAUCGCAUGAAGAAAAUCGUCAUGAAAGAAACGAAGAUUCAGAGGAUCGAAAAUACAACGAAUCGAGAAGAAUCUAACUUGUCAAGUGUCCACAAGACGUCAUUGAAAUGCCACAGGGACGAAUACAAUUAGGCCUACUUACAAGUUACAUUGUUUAUACAUACGUCAUUGAUUUUAAUGAACCGCCAAGGACCUAAUUUAGCCGAGUUGUGCGGGAACUGUACUUUUGAAUCUGAAAAUAACGUGGGUGUGGUGAGGUUAUGCGACACACAAAAACUGUUUCCAACGAAUUGCGCUGUGUUCGACUCACUCAUUGGCUGGUUCAACUGUGUCACGUGACACCGCGGACUCGUCGGAUCCGUGCAAUGAAACUGCCACGUGACUGUCGAUAUUUUACUUUCACAGAGCCGUGGCUUUGUUUGUUUUGCUUACAUGUAUAUUGUGUAGAUUUCACUGCUCAGUCUCAUCGAUGUUAAUCAUGUUAUUUAUUGUCAUUGAAAGAGUAUUAAAAAAACAGGACUCGAAAAAAUAUCACCAAACAUGCCAAAGUUGGAUACUUAAGACUGCUAUCCCAGGAAGAAAAAUAUAACGAGAAUUCGUGCAGACACUUUUCAAGAUAUCUCUGACUGGAAAAUCAUCAUUUACUGAAUCUCAUGGGGAUAUAUAUAUAUAUAUAUAUAUAUAUAUAUAUACCACAUGAUGGUGUAUGGCAUGAAGUUCUGGUCACUUUUUAUUUCACUUUUGAGUAGCCUUUCUGGACUUCAUUUUUUAUAACAUAUCCCAGGCACAUUAAGUGGGAACCUUGUAGCUCAAAAUCGAUGUUAAUUUAUGCCUGACUGUCAUGAAUAAUGAGAUCGCUAAGAUGUUGUAAAUCUCAAAUGGCAAGCAGUAUGAAAAACCUUCCUAUUGGAAACAAACUUAAUCAUUAAAAACAAAUCAUAUUUAUCUCCUGCGCAUACAUGCUCUCAGGGUAGUAAGUUACUAUCUAACAUAGAUAACAAUGAAAUCAGAAAAUAAAAUAAAGUCUGAGUAACUUAUUGAAAAGAAAAUAUUUAUGUUUUCAGUUUUGAUUUAUGAUAUGUUAUUUCUUUCAUUGUAUUUAUGCUCUCUUAUUCAUUCACUUACCACGUUUAUGUUCUAUUAUUUAUUUUAUCAUGUUUAUGUUCUUUUGUUUAUGUAUGGCACCGUUGUAAAGCAGCUUGAACGGACUACCCUGCACUGUUUUUGUCGAUUGAGUCAAAUAACACAUAAAUAAAUAAAAUUUUAGUAAUUCCAUGCUAUGUAGCAAUUUUCUAUUACUGCAUGUUCACAUAUUUUAGUCUAAAAAGUCAAGUUGUAUUUAGAAUAAGAGCAAAUUGUAUCUAAAGUAAGAGCAAAAGCGGUUAUUGAAUUGAACUGAAAUGAAUUUAUUUCCGUUAGAAACAAUUAACAAUACAUACUGAAACUUACAAAUGAAAACGGGAGGAGGGUCCUAAUCAGCAAAAUUAAUCAUGGUGCUGAGUGUCAAGAUGAACAGCAUUUAAGUACUAUUUUUCUUUCCUAAAUACAGUUUCAACGCCAAUUUUGAUUACAAAAAUAUUAAUAAUGAUAAUAGCA